AGCAGGCGGCAGCGGCAGCAGAAGAGAAAAGGAGGGAGGGAGACGGAGUGCCUGCUUGCCUGCCUAGGGACAUAGGCGGGGCUUCCAACGUGAGCCAAAGGGCAAGGAGCUUGCAGAAGCCUUUCCUCGCGUCACUCUCUCCGCCUGGCAAGUGCUGGAAGCGCAGGCUGCUGCUCUUCCAGCGCUCGCCUGCCUGCCUGCCUGCUCCCUUCCUCCCUCCCUCCCUCCUCCUCCACCAUUGUAUAAUGCUUCGUGAUCGCCGCAGCCACAGGAAAGCGGAGGCUUAAAUCCUCCCCGAGCGGCAUUCGCUUCCCCGCCCCCCACCCUAUUCCACCUCCUCUGUCCCACCGUCAGCGCCCCCCCCCCCAGCGGGCGAGAGAGUGACAUAUGGAGCGGGUGGAAGAUUAGGAGCGUGCAGCGCGCGGCAAGCAGACCCUGAUGCUUUAGUUCUCAGGAGGAACUGCAUGUGACGUCCGCGAGGAAGGCUCGGGAAACUCUGCUCUUCUUCCGUGUCUUGGUUGGAUUCCCCCGUAGUAAACCCUUCGGAUAACCGCCUUCCGAGAGAGCGAUGGGCAGUAAGAAGAGGCUGGCUGAGUUACUUUUCUGCCCAGAAAACCAUUGAAUCCCAACGUGCAGAGAGGUUCGGAGGGUCCGAUGUUCCUUGGAGCAGAUAUAUGUUGGGGAAAGGAGGAAAACGGAAGUUUGAUGAGCAUGAAGAUGGGCUGGAAGGCAAAGUGGUGUCUCCUACCGAUGGUCCAUCUAAGGUGUCUUACACCUUACAGCGCCAGACUAUCUUCAACAUUUCCCUUAUGAAACUUUAUAACCACAGGCCCUUAACAGAGCCGAGCCUGCAAAAGACCGUUUUAAUUAACAACAUGUUGAGGCGGAUCCAAGAGGAGCUCAAACAGGAAGGCAGCUUGAGGCCUAUGUUCCUCACCCCAUCACAGCCUACAGAUCCUCUUGGAGACAACUUUCGAGAAGCUCAGCCUGCCUUUAGCCAUCUGGCCUCUCCGCCAGUCCACCCCACUGACUUAGCAAGCCCUACACCACUGGAGUCUUGCCUCACCCCUGCCUCUCUGCUUGAGGAUGACACUUUUUGCACUUCCCAGACUAUCUCACUAGAUGGUCCUCCAAAAUUACCACCUCCAACGAUCCAACCAGUAAAGGACAGCUUCUCCUCAGCCUUGGAUGAAAUUGAGGAGCUCUGUCCAACACCUACCUCCGCUGAGGCAGUAGUAACUACAGCAGCAGCAGAUACAACUGCACCAGAUAACUCUAAGGAGAAUUCCAGUGAAUCCAGCAGUCAAAAGCCUGAGGGUAUACAGGAGAACAGAAUGAGUGAGCCUAAACUCAUGGACUCAUUACCUGGCAAUUUUGAAAUCACAACUUCUACAGGUUUUCUUACAGACUUGACCCUGGAUGAUAUUCUCUUUGCAGACAUUGAUACGUCUAUGUAUGAUUUUGACCCUUGCACAUCCUCUACAGGGGCUGCCUCAAAAAUGGCUCCUGUCUCCGCAGAUGACCUCCUCAAAACUCUGGCACCCUACAGUACCCAGCCAGUAACCCCCAAUCAGCCUUUCAAAAUGGACCUUACAGAACUGGAUCACAUUAUGGAGGUGCUUGUUGGGUCAUAGAGCGAUAGCAACUUUUUAAACGCACCAGUAUAAACCCUUGGUAGUAUUUUCACAAGGCCCUCUCUCCUUCCAAACCUACCAAGAAACACAUAGACACACACAUAUAUGCACGCACGCAAAUACACACACCACUGUGCAUGCGUCUUUGCUUGUCUUUUUUUUUAAAGGAUCAUACUUGUUUUUGCUUCAAGCAGAGUUGGAGUGCCUUCAUUCAUGUAUGACCACUUUUAAUGUAUUUCUGAAAGUGGUUCCUCAAGGGAGACCUGAAAUCCUAAUAUAGGAAGAAAAUGCAUAUUGUAAAACAUAAAUAUGUUUGACAAAAAAAAUGUAAAAGCUAAGCACAAGGAUUAUGUUGGGAAAAAGCUGUAAAUUGCAUGUGCAUAUUUGUCUAUUUUUUCUAUAAGUUUUAUUGCAAGAGGUUAAAAUAUUAUUUAGAUAAUUGCAGUACCUUUUUGGCAUUUUAGCACUGUCUAGGUUGACUUAGCAAUCCAGCCUUUUUAGAGGUAUUAAUGAUUCCUCUUUAAAUGUUGCAUUUACAUGGCUCUUUAGAAACUGCUACCCAAAUUUAUUUUAUAUUUUUGUAUAGAUUCUGCAAUUUAUGAUAUUGGGUUUUUUUCUUAGAAAAAGAAAAAGAAACAAAACAAAAAUGCUGUUUGUACUCACAUACACACAAAAAAGGAAAUAGUUAUUUUGGUAGGAUUUGCUCACCCCAUUCCUGCAUAUACCUUCUGAUGUACAAGAACUGCUUGUAGUUUUAUACAGACUUGUAGUGUUUUAUAUGCAUAUAAUGGUGCAAAGAGAAGUUUGGAUCAAAUCAGUCUGCAGCUGGCCUCCCUGAAUCCAGACACCAUGCUUGAAGGAAAAGACCAAGGGCUCUUCCCUUAAAAGUUUCACAGAUAUUUACUCCCUACUGCCUACUACUGUGAUUAACAAAAACCUUAGAGCCAUGUAUAUUCCAACACUGAUGUCAAACAGUUGGCAAGAAAUAGCUGUGAAACUUUAUUCUGAUGAAACUCCCUUGUUCUCCCUUCCCUCACUCCAAAAGGAUCAAGAAAUAAAAAUAUAUUUCCUCCAACCAAGCUUUUUUUAAAAAAUUUGCAAAACAGAUUCCAUACUUCGUCUGACAGAGUAGAGUGUCCUUAAGUCUGUUGAGCUCAACCUUCUCAUAUUUUACAGCUUUCCUGGUGAGAAAGUUGUGUUCCUGAAAAUAUCUUUCUUUUUGGUAAGUGCAAUUGACAGAGUGCACAAUUGAUAAGAAUGCCCCAUUCAGAUUCAAACAGUAGAAAUAUGGGUGAGCUUUGGUAUACUUUACUCUGUCUUGAGGUAUUACCAUAGGAAUGGCAUCUAAUUUUAGAGCGUCACAAUUGAGGCACUUACCAGUUUUAAGGAGAAGCAUGUUGCGGCUGUAGCAGAUUGUUUUGUUUAAUUGUUUUGGGUUUUUAUUUUGUUUAAAGCCUGAAAGUAAGUUGUGUUGAAACCAGUAGAGAUUCCUUCCAAGAAACUGAGUUUAGGAUCAGGAGUAGAAAAAGGCCCUUUUGCCUCUGUGACAGUAUAAUUCUAAUGUACCUUAUUUCUUCUAAUCAUUCUUACGAUGAUUCUUGCCCUUUGCUUGGAACAUUAAUAUUCUUAUUCACUCUGUUGGCAAGUGCUAAAAAAAAAAAUCUAACUUCAGUAUUACUGCAGUGAAAUCAUC